AUGCCUCUCCUUGCCGAGCAACGCGGCUCUCCGCCUGCCUCCCUUUUGCAGACGCUCGCCGAAAGCAUCGAGCAACGGCCGACGACGACGGCGCAUCUCCCCUCCACCUACGCACACAAGACGACGCACAAGACGACGCACAAUAUCACGCACAAAAUCACCCACGCACCCACGCACCCACACGUCGGCACCUCGUCUUCGCCCCGGCGCAGAGGGCAUGGGCGAAACACAUUCACUUUCUGGAGUCGAGGCCAACAACAUGUGCAGGACAGGCACCCGCAUGGGUACGGCCCGGGGAGCCCAGAGCGGCGCUCGUCGUCGCCCUUCGUCGCGCUUCGUCGCCCUUCGUCGCGCUUCCUGACGUACGUGUACGUAUAUAUCAUCCAUCUAUUGUUGUAUGCAUCGCAUGACUUGUAG